UCUCCAUUCCAACGAGCCCGAAAGAACCGAGAUUUUGAGCCGUACAAAAUGAAUCCACAUCCGUUGCCCAAAAUGUACUUCAAAUGCCACGAGCAGCGGUGUCAGCAGCGCCGACUCGAUGGUGGCACACGAUGUCAGUAUCACACAUGCCAGGAAGCGGGAUGCAUCAGGCCUGUUAGGAGCGAGCGUCAGUUCUCUCCUGAAAGCACUAGGCUCUACUGUGCGGAUCAUGCCUGCACCAGGAGAUGCCGAGUCAAUUCAACGCUGCGGGCCUGUCCGAAUCGUCGGCGAUUCCAAUCUACAGACUGUGAAGGCCAUGCAGUCGGCUGCUUCGACUGCCGAGGUCGCGAAAGACAUAUGGUUGCCUGCGAGGGCAGGUAUUACUGCGAUCAAUGUUAUCUCAUCAAGUAUGAACCGCCGCUGAGUUCGGGCGCUUCGGUCAGCAGCGGCAUCACUUCCUCCUCCGUAUAUACCCGGUACAGCUGCUAGGCUUUGAUAUGCCUGGCUGGAGAAGAUGACGGAUUGUCGGGACACGAAUAAACACGAUGUUGUGACGAGCUUGGUAGAUUUUAUGGGGGUGAAUAUGGAGGCAAUUAGGGUGUAACAUAUCAGGUGAUCUUCCCACUCCUUGUGCAAACAGAAGUCACCGCGGAGGAGCAGGUCUUUAUUAGAUUAACUCGCCGCCCAUUGUAGGAAUGGUCUCUUCGCUGGGACUGAGGUGUUUGAUAGAGGGGCAGGGUUCUUUUAGCGUGCACUGCUGUGGUGUUAGCUAAGCUGUGAUGGGAUCGAGUUUGAUAUAAAGAAUCGCCGGGAAGUGAUGGGAGUGAACGUGUUGAUCAAAAAUAAUAAUUUAAAACUAG